AAAAUAAAGAAAAUUUGAGUAUUCACUUAUUUAAAUAAUAUGAUUUAUUAUUAAUAAGCUUUAACAGUCUGAAAAGUGGAUAAAUUCGUAAAGAAAGUGUUAUUCGAAAAGUGAUUCGUUCAUUUGGAGUUAUGAAUAGUUGGCAACAGUGCUUUGAAAGCGCAGCAAGCUUCACUUGCUUUGCGCAUGGUUUUAACUGUUUGUUGUGCUCCCGUUUUGCUGAUUGUUUUUUCUUUAAAAAUUAUGUUUUAAACGAGAAGUUUUUCAUAAACUAACUUAAAAUCCUAAAAAUUAAAUCAAGUGUAACAUAUAUUUGUGCAGAUGCAAUUGUGGAUGAAGAGGAUUCUCAUUAAUUCACUCCAUUUUCUUUUUGGAUCAAGUGAUGAACGCAAUCUCAUCACGUGUCUACAAUGCCGAUGUCUUUGUGGAUGACAUUGAUUCUUAUCGAUUUGAUCCUGUAUUGUCAAGUUACGACGCAUUCUCAUCGUUUACGAUGCCGAUUUUAUUCCGAAUUAACGACAAUUAUGAUGGACUUUUUCCUCUUUUUUGUCAAGUGACGACGCGGUCUCUCAUUAUCCAGAAUGCCGAAAACACACAAGCCCCAUCGCGAUGCUUGGAAAGAUUCUCUGACAGUCAAAGAUGUUUAAAGGAUCGGCAGUCAAGAUUUUCAAUCCAAUCGAUGCGGCGAAGACAAUACUGGAAAAUUAAAGCUUUUUUUAUUUAAUUUCGUCGACCUAACCGUGUCAAUAACUUCAGUUUCAUAAUUAAAGUACUUAAUGUAAUAAUACUUUCUAAACGAAUGAGAAUAUGUAUAUAAAAGUCGUCCAAUCGUAAAUUAGAUUUUCUGAUUUAGUGAAGGAAAAGUUUUUGGUAAAUUAAUCAUUGGGAGAAUGGCAGGGAAUUUUGAAAUUGAAAUUUUACUGCUACAAAAUAAUUUUUUUUGUCACUCUCAAAGAUGUUUUGAAAAUUGGCCAUUCCCCUAUUCCAGGCUUGCUUCCAAGUAUUGCUGAAAGCUAUUUUUAAGAAAGUAUUCGUCAAUUUUAUUUGGCUUGGGUCACAACUAAAUUUUGUGCAUAUUUUAAUUCCAACACGGCGGAGGGCACAUCUCCAGAAAAAUGUCAAUGACAAUUGAUAAUAAUAAUUACUUGUCGUUUAAAUUUAUCUAUUUUUUUGCAAAAAAGAAAAACUGCAGACUAGAAAAAUAAAUCAAAAAUAUUUACAUUAAUUAAAAAAUUAAAUAAUUUGA